AUGUUACAUACAUCUGUUGGAUCCAAUGAGUUCGAUGAUAAUGAGCUAUUACCGAUUACAGAAAUUAGGGUCUCGUGGUUGGAUGGGUCCUCGGAAGGAGUUUCCGAUGUUAAUGUUGAUGUACACUCUCAGUCCGACAAUCUGAAGGCUACUGUAGGACCGGGAAGCGUUUUGCAGCAGGAACAUCUUAUACAGAUGAUGUCCGCCAAACCAGCACCUCAGUCACCAUCUGUAGUUAACUAUCCUGCUCCCGAAGUUAACCCUUAUGAAGGGUUCUCGGAAGAGGUUUUCACUGUGGUUGAUGCAUACCCUCAGAAAUAUGCAUACCCUAAACAAUAUUUUGAACAAUACGGAACCAGCAAUCAGCAAGCUGUAGCUGUAGCACCGGGAAGCGUUUUGCUGCAGCAACAACUUAGACAGAUGGCGUCCGCCAUACCAGCACCUCAGUCACCAUCUGUAGUUUUCUAUCCUACUACUGAAGUUAACCCUUAUGAAGGUCGACCUUUCUUAACUUGGCUUAACAGAAUCUUUAAAUGGAAAUUAUGUUUCCUUAGUUUCUUCACGAGAUGUUACUAG